AUGGACCCCUCCAAUAUCAAUAUUAUCAGGCAGAUUACGUGCUCGGAUUCGUCUGCAAUAUUCGAGGUAGAUCUGGAUGGACAAAAGUAUGCAUUGAAGCUAUUCCACGACAACAGCGACCCUGGAUGCACCGAAAAGGGCCGUGAUUUGAACCGAUUUCGCUGCGAGUCAAAUGCUUACAAGAAGCUCCUCACCGCCGGUGUCUGCGCGCGCGGUUUCGUGCCCAAAUUCCACGGCGACAUCAACCGAAUGGACCCCGCAGCAUUCCAUCCGGCUUUACAAGCUUUCGCCCGAGACAAGCUCAAACCGAGCGCAAUAUUGCUGGAAUAUUUCCCCCACGCAGAGAGUUUGAACUGCGUGACCUACUCGGACGCGCUCUAUCCCCAGGCAAUCGAGGAAAUGCACGAGAUCCACCAGGCGGGUGUGCACCAUCAGGACAUCUACCCCAAAAACCUCCUCCUUGUCCGUGGGGACCCCGACAGGCUGGUCUGGAUUGACUUUGAUGUCGCAACGACCUUCACCGACUUGGGACCGGAACAGCUGGCCCGCUGUGACUACGAGAUUGCGCUUGUGAGGGGAUUGGCGGAGACUCUGAGAGACGACCAGGCGGAGGGACUCCCGCCGAAUACGAAAUUCUAUGGAGGGUUUUAG